CAAUUCACCCAAUUCCUCACAUACUCUCACACUAUCUGCCACUUACAAAUUCUUUUGCCAUUUUUUAUAAAUAAGAGAGAGGCAAAGGGCUAGAGCCUAGAAGGUUGAAGCUUUAGCUUUGACUGUCCACAAUAGGUAGGGAGCAGAAUCCAAUAUACAGCAGCAGCAGAAGUGAAGAAAUUGAUGGUUCCCCCUCUGCUUCUGCAGCUGCUGUUGGCUUCUGAAAAACAGUUUUGAAAGAAUGCGGUGGUUUGGCUUUUGUAGAAAAGCUUGAAACUUGAAAGCGGAAACAGUGAAAAACCCAAAAACCCAGUUGGGAUUUCAAGGGGGAGAGCAGGUGGAGUCAUAAUCAGCCAUGUCUCUCUCAAGGGGUUUUUCUGCAGGAGGAAAGGGAGAGAUACUGCACUUCUACUCACUCUUCCCAAGUUGGUAAGUAGGGGUUGUGGUUGAGAAAGAAGUUUUACUUGUAAAGAGCUCACUCCUUAGUCCUUUACUCUCUCCAAAUCAUAGAAGAAAAGCAAUUCAUAAAAGGGAACAAAGGGUCUGACUUGAGCUCUGGGUGGGUGUGAAACUUUUUACUCCAUCAUGGAUGCUUACGAAGCAACAAAAAUUGUGUUUUCAAAAAUCCAAAGCUUAGAUCCAGAAAAUGCUUCCAAAAUCAUGGGGUUUCUGCUUAUUCACGAUCAUGGAGAAAAGGAGAUGAUUCGUUUAGCUUUUGGCCCUGAAGCUCUUGUCCAUUCUGUGAUUCUUAAAGCAAGAAAAGAGCUAGGUAUAGCCACCAAUUCUCCUUCUACACCUACUACUCCUUCAUCCCCAUCUCCUUUUCUUGGAAAUAAUCCAAACCCAGUUCCUAUUUCAAGGCAAAAUUCAUCUUAUUCAAGGCUUAGCGGAGUCAAUCUUCAGUCUUCCUUGACAAUACAAAACUCUGCUUCCUCUGGUAGCUCUACUUGGGGUGGUUUGUCUGAUCUUCCAAACGCAGAUGAGUUGAUUAGUCCAAAUGGUAGUUCUUUGAAUCCCUCGUCUUUACCCUUCUAUGGAAAUGGAGGAGGAUCUGAUAUGAUUGAUGAGUUUCAGCUCCAAGACCAACUGUCUUUCCUCAAUGAAAACACACCAAGCCCCAAAAACCAUGACCUGUUCUACCCUCAAACAGACUUAGCUUCAAGCCCACCUGGUGGUGGUUGUGGUGGUGCUGACAUAGUUUUUCCUUCCAACUGGGGUGGCUCCGUUCACAGGCGGAGCUGCUCGGUGAACGACGUUUUGGGGUCUGAUGACCCUGCUUCAGGGUUAGGCUGGAGGCCGUGCUUGUAUUUUGCAAGAGGGUACUGCAAGAAUGGAAAUAACUGCAGGUUUAUCCACGGUGGGCUCGGAGAGUCCGCCGCCAUGAUGGGUGGCGCAGAUGGUGCUGCCGUGGUUGGUUCACCUAGCAAGAUAGACAUGAUGGAUCAAUGUUAUGAUAUACUCAGAUCCAAGUCCGCUCAACAGCAGAGGCUAGCUGCUGCUUCUCAGCUCAUGGGUUCUGCUUCUUUCCCAUACUCUCCAAAAUCCAUGAACCUGUUUCUUCAACAGCAACAAACUGAUACUCAGAGCAGAGCUGCCGCUGCUGCUUUAAUGAUAGGAGAUGACAUGCUCAAAUUUGGCCGAUCUAGGCUUGAAAGGAAUGGUUUUUUAUUAAAUGGCGAUGCUGUAAAUCCAGCAUCAAGACAGAUCUACCUCACUUUCCCCGCUGAUAGCACUUUCAGAGAGGAAGAUGUCUCAAAUUACUUCAGUCUUUAUGGACCUGUUCAAGAUGUGAGGAUUCCAUACCAGCAGAAGAGAAUGUUUGGAUUUGUUACUUUUGUUUUUCCUGAGACGGUGAAGAUCAUUCUGGCCAAAGGAAACCCCCAUUUUGUUUGUGAUGCUCGAGUGCUUGUUAAGCCUUACAAGGAGAAAGGAAAAGUCCCAGACAAGUACAGGAAGCAGCAGCAACAAGUGGAGAGAGGAGAAUUCUCUCCUUGUGGUACUCCUACCGGCCUUGAUUCCAGGGAUCCAUUUGAUCUUCAGCUUGGGGCAAGGAUGUUUUACAAUACCCAGGAUUUGUUAUGGAGAAGGAAGCUGGAGGAACAAGCUGAUCUUCAGCAUGCUCUUGAGCUGCAGGGGAGGAGACUAAUGGGUCUGCAGCUUCUUGAUGGCAAGAAACAUCAUCAUCACAGGGCUCUUUCUAGUGGCAGUCCCAUUCCUUCACCUACCACUCCCUCACCCAGUCUUUUCAACCACCAGUCUCUUGUUCUUCCACCAUGGAAUGGUGGAACUGAUGUUCUUGGAGAGAAUUGUUCUAGCCCCAUCCCUGCAAUUUCUGUCACUGCUCCACCUGAGAAACAAGCAACAAAUGUGGCUACCACUGGCAAUAGUGAGGAGAGUGGCAGUGGCAAGGAGAGUCCUCAGUCUCACUGUGAAGAUAGUCUUCCAGAAAGUUUGGAGCACAAUCUCCCUGAUAGUCCUUUUGCAUCACCUACGAAAGACUCUGGAGAGUUCUUACCGGCAGCCUUCUCCAAUCCCGGUGAUGCCGAGAAAGAUGUUCUUGUCCCAGUUUCAUCUUCUUCCAACAAUAAUUUGGUGUCUUCAACCAUAAUUCCUGCUAAUAACUCACUGGACAUGACAUCUUUCAAGUCCUUUAAUUGCCAAAUACCCAGGUUCUCAUCCGGACAUGGACCCAUUGGUAUGUAUGCCGGCACCGGCGGUCCAACCUGCCCUGUUGGAAUUUAGCUUCUUCCUUUGCUUAGGUAAGUAAAUAAGCUUAGGAUUCUUAUCUUUUGUUCCUGUUUGGUUUGAUUUAUGUGCAUACAAGUUGGAUUGUUUUGCUAAUCAAGUUUUUGUCAUUUUUUGUUUACAAUUACAGGAAGAUAGAAAAGUAUAACCAAACAAAGAACUCACAUCAGAUUUCUGUAGAGAAGAGAUCACCAUCCCCACCACCACCAUCCCAUCCAAUCAUCCACCAUCCACCAUCAUCACCAUCCAUAUCCAUACUUACUAUACUUAUUACCAUACAAAUUGCAUACAUAAAGAAGGCGGCAUAAGGAAGUGGGUCAGCCAUUCCUUUCUUUGUUGUACUAUUUUAUAAAUCUCUUGUUUCAGUAGUUGAAGUUAUGGACCACAGGUAAAGAAAGAAAGAAUCCAAAGAACAAAAAAAAAAAAAAAAAAAAAAAAAGGAAUCAUCAUCAUCAUCACACAGUCAAUGUGUAGUUGUAACUCCCCUUUGAAGAAAGAACUGUAAUUUCCUCCUUCCUCACUGUUCCCUCGCAGAAACAUGAGUUUAGAGUCCCAUUUUUAGGGUUAGGCUUUCUAGGGUCCAAUUAAAUCUUUCUGUACAGCUAGCUGUGGUAAAUGCAAAAGGAUAAUUUGUAAUUUACCCUAGAAUGGUAAACAAAUUUGGAGGAAAGUCAGAGGAAGAAGGGCUGUGAAAUUUUCUAAAAUUAGGGUUUUCUAUUGUUGUUAUUGUAGUAGUGGCCACAGAAACAAAGAAUUUAGUAAAUGAAAGAAUGUGGAUUUC